AUGGACCCGUGCUACCCAACGUCUCCAGGCAAUGAUUUCGAGGCUCUGCUCAAAGCACCAUGGUCUCCCGAUGAUGUCACUGCAACAUCUUGGGUACUACCAGAUGAUGCAUUCUCUUCUGGGUUUCUGACAAAUGAUGAGCUGUUCCCGCAGCAGACUUUGUCCUUUAGCAUGGAUGACAUGAUGCUGGACGUUUUUAAUGCCGACACCAUUUCCAAUGACAUGGAAUGGACAUACUCACGCUCCGAACCCGACACUAGCACUUCUGCCGCCCAAUGCAAACGAAGAGCGCGGACUCCGCGGGCCAAGUCGUUCACAGAGAUGCAGUUCAAAUUCUCAACCGGCCGCAAGGCAUAUGUAGCUUCCCAGAAAGGAGAGGUAUGGGAGGCGCACAAGGCGGAACUGAAGAGGUUAUACAUUCACGAGGAUAAAACUCUGAAAGAGAUCAUGAGCUUUAUGGAAGCAAAAGGGUUUAGUGCAAGGUGA